AUGGAUUCGAUCACUGAGUUGGCCGAUGAAGUAAAAGUUUCCGGCGCUAAUCUUGACGCCAACGCCCAACACAAAUUGACACUCGAGAGACAAGGACAUGGAUGCUCGAGUCUAUCCCCGCCGCCGUCAUCCGCAAGCGCCACAUAUCACCACUCUAAUUCCAGGAGCAGUUGGGGAAGCGAGGGAUUCUCGCAGGACAAAUGUGGAGAGUAUCCGGAUGCUCGUGAGGAGGGAACACUUCCAAGAGCGGACUAUGGCCCUUACGAGGUCUCAUUCGAUGGCGACCAAGACCCGAUGUGCCCUCGAAGCAUGUCGUCGGUGAGGAAAUGGGUCAUUGUCUUGAUUGUCUGUACCGGAACCUUAUGUGUGACUUGCACAAGCUCAAUCUACACAACUACGUAUACACAGAUGGAUCCCGAGUUUCACACGUCCACGCUGAUCUCGACCGUCGGGCUGUCGUCCUUUGUCUUAGGAAUUGGGACAGGACCAUUGCUGACUGGCCCUUUGAGCGAGCACUACGGACGCAGACCAAUCUAUCUGGUCGCAUGGUCGAUGUUCCUGAUUUGGACAAUCCCCUCGGCUGUGGCGAAGAAUGUCCAAACAAUUAUCGUUUCUCGGUACUUCAAUGGCUUCACUGGAGGCACAUUUCUUUCCGUUGCAGGAGGAACUGCUGGAGAUGUAUUUUCACGCAAUCAGAUCCAAGCACCAAUGGCGCUAGUCUCAUCAGUGCCAUUCAUUGGACCUUCUUUGGGCCCGGUACUAGGUGGCUUUAUUAAUUCACAUUUAGAUUGGAGGUGGACCUACUAUAUCAUGAUUAUCUGGUCCGCUGUCUUGCUUGUCUGCAUGAUAUUCUUCGCGCCAGAGACAUACCACCCCAUCAUAUUACGUGCUAAGGCUAAAGCGCUUCGUCAAGAAACCGGAAACGAUCGGUAUAGAGCACCGAUGGAAAAUAACACCAAGACAUGGAAGCAAAUAAUAAUAGUCUCACUCCUGCGACCAUUCCAACUUCUCUUUCUCGAACCCAUGUGCCUCUGUCUGGAUAUUUACUCGGCCAUUUUACUGGGCAUUCUAUACUUAUUUUUCGGCACCUUUCCCAUGGUAUUUCGAACAACAUAUGACAUGAACCUUUGGCAGGGCGGACUGACAUUCGUGGGGAUCAUCGUCGGAAUGAUGAUUGCUGCCGCUACUACUCCGCUCUGGUCCAACAUUCGUGAGCGUCUGCUGAACAAUAACAAGAAAGAACCUGGACGAAGUGAGCCGGAAUAUCGUCUCCCUCCGGCUAUUGUGGGUGGCAUUCUUAUUCCUGUUGGGCUUUUUUGGUUUGGUUGGACUACCUACUCGCGGAUUCAUUGGAUAGUACCCAUCAUAGGAUCUGCUGUAUUCGGGGGAGGGUAA